UGUUAUCGCAUCACCGGCCAUUAAUAAUUAAUCGCCCAUUGUUCCCCGCAAAAAAUUAGAAUCGUCGAUACACCGUCGGCUUUUUUCCCUCAACUCUCUCUUAUGACGUGUCAAAAAUUCCGUUACUUCUUGACGUUUCGCCCCCCUCAGCCGCGUCUAUUCCGCGCUCAUUCGGCUCAAACUGCACCGAAAUUCGCAAAAACAGGUAGAUGUUAGUGUGUUGUGAAGUGGUGGCCGGCCCCUUGUCUCUGAGGGUGCAACCCACGACGAAGAAACGUUCCGCAUGACGACCUCCAGAUGGUGCAUCCACAAUGAGCGCAGACGAGGAACACAGCUUGGACUACAUCGAGGAUCCGUACUUCAACCCCCAGACCAGCACCGCCACCCCCAGCCUAGACGACCUGGACUCCCUGGAUUACGAUGUGCUGGAAAACGAGCUGGAGCUCUUUGAUUUGCGCCAGUUGGACUUCGAUGAAGCCAACUGCAACAGCUUGCCCCAAAACGACGAGAGCGUCAACGUCGAGGCCGAGUUUUUCAACGUAAAGAGGGCCAACGCCAUCAUCAGGGCGUUCUUUAAAAAGGAUUUCAAACGACAAGUCAGGGUUACCUAUUGUGAUUUGACGAAGCCGUAUCUGGCCAAGUUACCCAAAGAUAACAAUUUUCGGAAGUAUUUAGAUAUUAGCGGAGACGAAGAAGCCAUUCCGGCCGAAAACCAUGUCGCUAGCGACCUUUCCAGCCUUUCAGUUGAAGAAAAAGAACGCCAACACGCCCUAUGGAGCGAAGAGUUGGCCCAGAUCGAGGACGAGAUCGCCACGCUGCGUACCGUCCUCGCAUCGAAAAUGCGAAGAAGCGCCGAACUGAAGAAAAACCUGGGAAUCACUGUGUGGAAAGAAGUCUCCGAAGACAUCAACCAGGGAAUCAAAAACGUUAAAGAGAGCAACGUAUAUCAGACCGUGGAAACUAAAGUCGGUCAAGUGACCAAAGCAGUCACGGACGCGCCCAUUUACCAGAAGACCACCUCCUUGAUCGGUGGGAUCACCGGCAAUAUCACCAACAAGAUCGGACAGAUGCGCCACUCCGACUCUUUCCGCUCUUUCGAGGAGAAGGUCGGAUCUGCUUACGAAAAUACGAAGGUGGUGUCGCGCUCCAACUCCCAGCAGAGCUUGGACGAGGCGGGCAGAUCCCGAUCUGGCUCGGUCGUGACCAGCCCGACGAUCCCCGAGGAGAAGCCUCUGGCAUAGUUAACAACAAUCAAAAGCUGUCCCGGCCAACAAUGCCUUCAUUGCUUGUCUGUUGAAUUGGUCGUUACUAAUUUUGUGUUAGUUACGUUCUAGUUCUAACUAUAGGUUGUAACUUUUCUUAUUGUAGCUUGAGAGCAAGGAAGAUUAGGUUAGUUUUUUGUACAGAAUUUAGUUCUAAUAAUAACGAAAGACUAUUUUCCAUACUGAUGGCUCUAUUGAGGUGUAUACUAGGUUCUAAUACGCAUGA